GCGGCAUCCCACGGCGAGCAGUGAAGCGACCUUGCGUGCCCGGUUGUUGGUGGUGGUGGUGGUUGAUUUGUGGCGCUCGCUAACCGCGCUUGCCCCUCACAGGUAUCUGUUAAGCCGGCGGCGGCGGCGGCGGCGAUGUCUGCGGUGAUGGGGAUGAGGAUGAUGUCUGUGGCGGCGGGGAAGGCGGCUCCGCGCUGGGCGUGCGGCGCCGCCGGGGCGAGGUCGAGGCAGCCCCGCGGUCUCCCCGGGCCCGGGGCGAGGCGCCGAGAGAGCGGCCUGGCGGCUAGCGGAGGGGACGAGGCGGCAGCAGCAGCAGGGGCAGCAGCAGCAGGGGCCGUGCAGCCUGGCUUCGCGGCGGCGUGGGACAGACACUCGCGGCAGACCCCCGGCAAGGACAAGGAGACGUUUGCCGAGAUGCUGCGCAAGUCCCCACUCAUGCAGCUCGGCCCUGCCAAGGACAAGUUCGUUCUGGGACGCAUCUUCCACGUGGUGGAGAAUGAGCUCUACAUCGACUUUGGGGGGAAGUUCCACUGCGUGUGUCAGCGCCCCGCCGUGGACGGAGAGAAGUACCAACGCGGCGCGCGGGUCCGUCUCCGGCUCAUCGACCUGGAGAUGACGGCACGGUUCCUCGGUGCCAAGACGGACACGACGCUCCUGGAAGCCGACGCCGCAUUGCUGGGGCUCGUUGAGUCCCGCGACCCGCAAGAGAGCAAGGGGGAGGCGGCGUGAUCAGCCGUGCGUGCGUCCAUCCGUCCGUGCGUGUGUCCGUACGUCUGCUGACCCUGGGGGCUGUCGAGGUAGCCUGCAGAGUGGGGGGGGACUCGCUGCCCACCUGCCUGGCGCGCCGCUUGCCUCACCCACGGAGAUGUUGAGAAGACCGUACCGAAGACACAAAUGGACCUUGUCGAUGGACUGAAUAUUUUCUGUUUUUUACAGUUAUAGAUUUUGUACAGCUGCAACAUAUUAGACAAAGAAAUGUCAUUGUUAUUGAGUUGUUUUGAAGCAAUAUGUGUUGAAGGUCAGUUCCAAUUGCAAAAUAAAACUUUAAGUAAAGUCAUCUCUAUGUAAUAGUGUACUGCACAGUCUUCAUAUUUGUGUGUAAACCAAAGCAUGAUGCGAACAGCUGGUGAUGUAGACAAAAGCUCCCUUACAUUCAAGAAUGAUGGCGUUUUCACUAAAGCAUUCUAAAAGAUUAGCUACCUUUAUGCAGUAGGUUAUACCUGUCCAUAUUUGAGAAAUAAGUAAUUUUCUCCAGCUUUGCAUGAACUGGUUAAUCAAAUAGAUUGCAUGAAACUGGUUCAUUCUACGUCUUGUAAAAGUGGCAUUGGAAUUGUUAUGCAAUCAACAGUCACAUGCACAGCUUCAUCUAAAAUAAGCAGCGGUGAAAUUCUGAGGUUUUUUAUUAAAACGUGUAAAUGUAUCAUAUACCCAGCUCCAUCUGACACAGCCAAUCGGUAAGGUUUGUCACUUGAACAGAACCUGCCAGUAUGUUACUACAGCACAUCGGUGUGUGCCGGAGAGCAAACCCAUAACAUUUACAAUUGGGUAUGACAUUUCGCUUGUGAUCACAACCAGCAUCGCAAGGCCUGAUGUUGCUGGUUGAAUUUUAUUGUCCGCGAAAGCCUACGGGUUAAUUGCGAGUCUACUUAAGUGCUGUUAUAAGCAAAAAUAAAAAUGACUUGUU